UGGGCGCCUAAACCAGAGCGCGCUGGUGCCGCGGCUGUGAGCAGGAUCCAACGUCGCUGCUCUUACCUUGACCACCUCGCAGACGCCCCCGCCAGCCAUGGCCAGCAAGGGCUUGAAGGACCUGAAGCAGCAAGUGGAGGGAGCCACCCAGGAAGCGGUGACUGCGGCUGGAGCAGCGGCUCAGCAAGUGGUGGAUCAGGCCACAGAGGCAGGGCAGAAAGCCAUGGACCAGGUGGCCAAGUCUACCCAGGAAACCAUCGACAAGACGGCUAAUCAAGCCUCUGAGACUUUCUCGGGUUUUGGGAAAAAAAUCGGUCUGCUGAAAUGAUAGAAGGGAGACACGGGUUACUCCCUUCCAGGCCAUGAGCUCUAGCAGGUCCCUGGCCAAUUGCCUUAUUAAAGCACAUAUUCCUA